CAACUCCGCUCGUCUUCCUCCCUCCCUCCCUCCCAUUCCCCACGAGCUCCUCCGCCGUCGUCGAAGCACCGAACCCUCCCUCCCCUCCGCCCACGCGGUUGCAAUCCGCCGCGCCCCUGCCCUGCCUAGCCCCGGUAGCGCCCCGGCGCCGAACGAAUCGGCCUCACUCCCCCCGCCAGUCGACCGAAUCCGCGGGGGUGGGGGGCGCUUAGCCGCCGUCGAUGGCGUCCGCUUGGCUAUAGCUUCGGCCUCGAGGAAUCGAGCUGAUAGGUGGAUCUUGUUCGGUAUCCCUGCUUGGCUUGCUUCGGUGCUGCUGCUUGGAAUGGUGCUUCAUUGGUGGUUGCUCUAGGUUGUUGGUGCUGCUUAGGAAUUGGGGGAUGUAUGGAAUUGCUGAUCCGGAUAGUUGCGCUUAAUGGAUUACUUGGUUCGAUUUUGUAUUUAGGUAGUUCCAGCUACUAAAGGUCUUCUGGAGUGACUGGAUACCAUCGCCCCUAAUUCUCCUUUUUAGAGGAGUAACAAUACUCGAUUCCAAACCAAGGAUUGUAGUGUCUACUUUGUUUGGAAGUUUAUUAUCGCCGAAAAAUCAACCAGAGGAUUAGCAGGGGUUUGGAUCUAUCACCGUGGAAUGAUAAAAAAUGGCACCCAAAGCAACACUGCAAAGUUCUGCCGAGUCUGCUAUACGGUCCAUUGGUCUUGGCUACGACAUUGCUCACGACAUACGUCUCAAGUAUUGCAAGCAGCGUAAUUUACCUGACCCGUUGCUCAUUGAGCUUGACCAUGACGAGGUUCAGGAUAUCGUGCUCCCUGGUGGCCUGACAGUUGCUGGUGUGAGCAAGUCAAUCAAGUGUGACAAAGGGGAGCGGAUGCGGUUCCGUUCCGAUGUCCUAUCAUUUCAGCAGAUGUCGGAGCAAUUCAACCAGGAAUUAUCUUUGUCUGGGAAAAUUCCAUCUGGCUUAUUCAAUACUAUGUUUGAAUUUGCUGGCUGCUGGCAGAAAGAUGCUGCUCAUACCAAGUCACUUGCCUUUGACGGUUGGUGUAUCACACUGUACACUAUUGCACUCUCAAAGGCACAGAUUGUACUCCGGGAUCAUGUUAAGCAAGCUGUUCCAUCAACUUGGGAACCUGCUGCAUUAGCAAGGUUUAUUAGAAAGUUUGGGACUCAUGUAGUUGUUGGUGUAAAAAUGGGAGGAAAGGACGUGAUUUAUUUAAAACAACAGCAUUCAUCAACUUUGCAAGCUGUUGAUGUUCAAAAACGGUUGAAGGAGAUGUCCGACAGAAGGUUUCUUGAUGCAAAUGGGCAAUCUGACUUCAGUUUCAAUGAUUCCAAGGAUAAGAUUGACAUGAGAGAGCACCGGCUGAGAUUUGUGGACUCCAGUCCAUUGAAUUCUUACUCUUCAAAGGAGGAUUUGGUAACGAUGCCUAAGCGGAGAGGUGGCAGGGAUAAAGAUAUCCUUUCUCAUAGUGACUGGUUGAAUACUGUUCAGGCCGAACCUGAUGUUAUCUCAAUGUCCUUCGUACCUAUUACUUCACUGUUGAAUGGAGUUCCUGGCUGUGGAUUUUUAAACCAUGCCAUUAAUCUGUACCUUCGAUAUAAGCCUCAAAUUGAGGAGUUGCACCAGUUUUUGGAGUUCCAGCUGCCAAGGCAGUGGGCUCCCGUUUACAGUGACCUUCCUCUGGGUCCUCAGAGAAAAAGACAAAGCACUGCAUCUCUGCCAGUAAAUUUAAUUGGUCCAAAGCUUUAUGUUUGUACCAACAUGGUUGAUGUGGGCAAAAGACCUGUUACUGGAAUUCGGUUGUUUCUUGAAGGAAAAAAGAGCAACAAACUAGCUAUCCAUCUCCAACAUCUCUGCUCUCUUCCUCAGAUUCUUCAACUUGAAGAUGACCCUUACAAUGACCAAAAUCCAGCAUAUGACCGCAAAUACUACGAACCAAUUGGUUCAUGGAAACGUUUCUCCCAUGUCUGCACUGCACCAGUUGAGUCAGAUGAUUCCUCCAUUGUCACUGGGGCACAAUUAGAAGUGAUCAACCAUGGCUUCAAGAAAAUACUGUUCCUUCGCCUGCAUUUCUCCAAGGUCUGCAAUGCCACUUCUGUCAGGAACCCUGAGUGGGAAGGAUCUCCAAACCUGGGUCAGAAAUCAGGCCUCAUCUCAACACUCAUUAGCACACAUUUCUCCACAGCUGCUCAAAGGCCCGCACCGCGCCCUGCUGAUGUGAACAUCAACUCGGCAGUGUACCCUGGGGGUCCCCCUGUUCCAGUGCAGACCCCAAAACUGCUCAAGUUUGUGGAUACAGCGGAGGUGAUGCGUGGACCGCAGGAUCUGCCAGGUUAUUGGGUGGUCUCAGGUGCAAAGCUGCAACUUGAGAGGGGCAAGAUAUCGUUGAGGGUGAGAUACUCACUGUUGACAGCAAUGCUGCCUGACGAUGAUGAGUUUGCAUUCGAUGAAGAGUUUUAGAACCGGCAACCAAGCGAAGGGAAGAAAAAUAGCUCAUUUGUUUUAUGUGCAGCUAACCUCAUGAACUCAAAAGAUCGAUCUAGGGUUUUCAUAGCAUUUGUAUGUGAACUAGUUGGAAAUCUAUGUUGUUACACUGGCGGGUUUUAAAUAUUGAGGCAGAGAAUAUUGGUCUCUGGCUUUGAUGAAGCGAGAUAGUUUCUUGUACUUGCACCAAUGUUCCAUUCCUUCACAGCAUGUAUGUAUUCCAGAUUAA